AUGUCGACGGAAGACAAUAACAAUAACGAGUCAUCGCAAUCCGAAUCCAAUGAGCAUUCACAGACAGCAGAUAGCAUUGCCAGUCAAACGACCAAUGCUCGGCGAGCACGACAACCUAGAGUUCCAAGACGACAACGAAACAACCAAACGAACACUGCACAAGAUGAGGAAUUGAAAGCACAAAUGCGGGCUGCUCGAGAGAACGCUGCAAAUGCUGUGCCGUUAAUAAAUGAGGAGUCCGUCACGAUACCCGAUGAAACCGGCGGUGGGGUGCAUGUCGGAGACGAUGUGGUGGUGGAGAAUUUGGUCAGCGUUCCAUCGAUAUCGACGCCACGGCGAAUUGACAGUGUCUCAAGUCAGACUCCCGGACCACGAUCGGCCCGGGAACCUUCAAUUCGGAGCAUGUACAGCGAGGGACAACAAUACAGCAGUAAUGGCAAGGAACAGAACACCCCUUUGACGAAUGGCCAACAGGUCGGAGCUGUCGAGGUGCAAGAACGAGCCUUUGGUCACUUGCCCGCCUGGCAUCGGCCGCCCUCGCCACAAGCCGUGAAUCACAAUGUAUUCGAAGAAACAGUCAUUGACUUGGCGGAGCCCUUUGACGCCGUGGCAUCCGUCGCUUCGGCCGAAUUUUCCCUGUCGGAACCAACUGGACCAAUGCACAAUGUCACUUUUGGGGGGAAUGGAUCCAUCGACAGCAAUUCCGUGGACGUUUCCCUCAUUCCAGAUGAUCCUUUGGUAGAAGAUACUCCCAAAGAUUCGAUAGUCCCCAGAGCAAUUUGCGUAUUUGUUAUAAUUGUCGCAAUCAUUUUGGGUGUGGUACUGGGACUGUUUUUGAAAGUGGAAGAAGAGAUUGCCGCCAAGGAGAAUGCGUCGUCCAUGCCAAUGCCCACCACUACGGCACCAUCUUCACUACCGAUACAAGACUGCUCCGACUUUGGUGAUAUUGAUCCGUUGGUGCAAAUGAUGGAUGUGGACACCUUGGAUCAAUACAAUCUGCUAAUGGAGAAUGUGGUGCAAAAGAUAAUGCCCGAUUACACCAGCCCAGAAAAUGCGUUGGAAGACUUGUGCUCUGCGCACCACCGAGCAUCGGUCUGGUUAGCGAGCGAUGAAUUGUCCAAAGCAUCGUCAUCCCCCUUCCAAGUGGCAGAAAACCGCUAUUUGCUCGCCAUUCUAUUUCUUUCCUGGAAGGGUGAUACCUGGAGCGAGCAAACCAAGUGGCUAUCAAAUACUGCCGAAUGUGAUUGGAUGGGAAUCUCUUGCAACGAGUCCAAGCAAAUAGUCGAACUGGACUGGAGCAUGUUUAAAAACAUGACAGAACAAAGUCUUACAAUACCAUCGGAAAUUGGGCUCUUUACCGAUCUGACUUCCCUUAAAUUGAGUGUCAACUUUAUUGGGUCGGUGCCAGCCACAAUAGGAAAUCUCACAAGCCUAACAACUCUGGACCUCAGCAACAACUUUCAACUGUCUGGAACCUUUCCGUAUGACAGUAUUGGCCGUUUAGACAAGCUACGUACAUUGUCCCUCUCGGAUCUUCCCAAAAUGGAAACCUUUCCUCCGCCAUCCAUUAACCAAUUGAGCUCAUUGGAGUACCUUGACGUUGCUCGAUCAGCCCCCAGUAAUCAAAAUCUUCCUUCCGAGAUUGGAGAGCUUGUCAAUCUAGUAGUUCUGAGCACUCGACAGACCGACGCCAAUGGCCCAAUUCCCAUGGAGAUUUUCAAUCUGACAAACCUCGAAUACUUGAAUCUCGGAAACAAUGACUUCUUUGACGAGCUGGUCAGCGAGAUUGGUCUCCUACAAAAUUUGAACAUGCUUAUUCUGGACAAUAAUGCAUUCUCGGGCCAACUGCCCACAGAAAUUGGAAGUCUCUUACGCUUAGCGACGCUUUCUGUGGAAGGAAACAGCUUCACUGGUGUAUUGCCACAUCAAAUUGCAAACUGUGCAUACCUAGAGUAUCUUUCACUGUCUAGAACAGACAUUGAGGAGGACCUUCCAGUUGAAUUGUUCUCCUUGUCCAAUUUGACAUCACUCCACCUUUCCCAUUUGUUAGUCAGUGGCGGUAUCCCUCUAGAUCUUUUCACACUCUCAAACCUAGAAAUCAUUGAUCUUGCAGAAACGGCCUUCAGCGGAAAUGCAACCAUUGAUUUGUCCGGCUUGGAAUCCCUUGAAUGUUUUGACAUUACCAAAACGGGCCUCGCUGGUACCCUCAUUGGGAGUAAUGAGUGUCAACUGGAUUUUUCCACCGACUCCACGAUGAAUGAAUGUGGCGCAUUGCAGCUGGAUACGUGCACUUGUUGUUCAGUAGAUCAAGAUGACUGCAGUGGAAUUAAAUUCCAGUGCCAACAGGACCUGACAUUGUUUGAAGAGAUACCGCAAGAGCUAAAGGAUAGAUUUAUGUAA